AUCUUGAAGCUCUUUCUCUCUUUUCCACGCUCAUCAGAAGCUCAAAGAAGCUUCUCUCACCUGGCUAUGGAAGUCUUCAUUCUGCUAGUCCUCAGCGUUGGACUUUGCCAAGCCGGUCCUGUCCAAGAUGAUGUGAGCUGUGAUGACCCAGAAGUUUUUGAAGCUGUGGCUAGAGCAAUAACAGAACUUAAUGAAGACAGAACUCAAGGAAAUAAAUUUGCUCUGAGUCUCAUCCUUCAUGCCCACAGAAUAGCAGGUCCUAGAAAAAAAUUCCAUGUCAUCUAUCAAGUAAGAGAAACUGCAUGUCCAAUUGCUGCGAAGGAGCCUUGGCAAAACUGUGAUUUUUUAGAGAUAUCAGAAGAUUAUGGAAACUGUACAGCUGACAUUGACAUUGACUCACAAGGGUUAAUAUCACAGUAUUGCAAAUUUAGCCCAGGACUGGAGAAUGUAAUACGGUCUACUGCACAUUGCCUGGGGUGCUGGCAUCCCAUAGACCCUAAGAGUUUGGAAGUGCUUCCGAUUGUGAGAUUCACCAUACGGCAAUUUAACAAUCAGAGUCAACAAUCUGCCUUAUAUGAAGUUAGAGAAAUGAAAACAGCGACUCGUCAGGUGGUUAAUGGAUGGAAUUACAAUUUGGAAUAUUCGAUAAAAGAAACAAAUUGUUCCAAGAAUGAAUUUCUAGAUUUGAGCCCAGCAUGUAGACACCUUCCUGAAGGUAAAGAAGGUUUCUGUACAGUGACUGCCUACAUUGACAAUGCAAACACACUGGUCCAUGCACAACAGGAUUGCAAAGUGCAAGUGGAAGAAAAAGUGGGACCUCCGGUUCACCUCUGUCCCGGGUGCCCCGUUGCGAUUGCAAGGGACAGCCCAGAACUGGAGGAGCCUCUACAAAACCUUAUAGAAUCGUUUAAUGCAAACAACAACGGUGACUUUCAUUUCAGAAUUGUGGGAAUAAAAGAUGCAACAAAACAGGUUGUGGCCGGGACGAAGUAUCGAAUUAACUUCACCAUUCAGCAAACAAAUUGUUCCAAGGCUGAAGUUGAGAAGCUAAGUGAAGAUUGUACUCCUGCUAAAGCUGGUGAGUGGUUCCUCUGCCAUGGCUCAGUUCACAUAACACUCUGGGAGCCAUUCAGCAAACCUGAAGUAACCUGCAGCGAGGCACAAAUUUCAGAGAUACCUCCGGAUAUUUUAUUAAGGGUACCUCCAGGUUUCACCCCUUUCCGAAACACAGACACUACUCAAACGGAAGGACCAAACGUUGUGAAGAAAUUCCAUCCUGAGCCGAGAGGACGCCACACUCAUGAAAAAAAGCAGAGCUUUGGCCGUGCCAACAAACACAGACAGGGCCACAGACACAGGCAUAAAAAGCCAACAGAGAGUUCUUCUGAAGAAGUUAUAGUUCUACCACCUGUUGAAACUCCAAGUCAACUGCCUACUUCAAAAGCUUUUCUGGAACAGGAGGCUAACAGUAGAAGUCCCCAUGAAGAACGAGUUGGGUUUUCUGAUGUCUCCCCAGUACACGGUAGCUCUACGGAUUCCCCCAUUUUCUCACAUCAACUGCCGGAUCUACCAGAACCACCAAAAUGUCCUGGGACACCAUGGAAGCCUAUAAGGGAUCCAGAGCCUGUAGAUACCGUUUUUAGUGAUUUGGAUCUUUUGGAUGCUCUCCUGGAUUAAAUGUUUUUAAAGGCAGUGAAUUAUUUCUCCAGAAAUGUUCCACUCUUGGAAAUGAUAAAGUUUUUGGGGGUUUCUGACUGCAUAAAAGCAUAACACUUAAAUACAGUUGCAGCCAAGGUUGGUCAGCAGCAUCAGCCUGCCUAGUUUCUUAAGGUAUUGCAAGAUACAAUAGUUACCAAAUAAUGAAACAAGAACUAUAUAUAAUUCAGUCAGCUCCAUUCAGCCAGCAAUAUGCACAACUGCCUUCUGCAGGACCAGCAUUGCCUGCAUUCAGUCCUGGAGGGAACAAAAAAAUUCCUGGAACACAAAGGGGCCUUUGCAUGACUACAGCAGUGAAGUGAAUGAAUUGUGUUAAUUUUCUCUACAGUCAAUCAGGAUGGAAUUUCAAAUGUGAGUUACUUUCCUAUACUUAAUUAUUUCCUGCACCCUGAUUAUUUUAUGAUAAAUCUGUAGUAAGUUCAAUGCAAUUAUAUUAAUUAGUCCAUUCUAUUACUGGUUUGUGAUAUAUUUUGUUCAUGCACUUUUCCUUGGCUAUUGCAAAUAAAGGACAUGUACCAAAGCA